AUGAUGUCGUUUUUUCCAGGGCCCAAAAAUGAAGCUGGCAAAACCGAUAAGGAAAAGGAACCUAUAACUGUAAUUGGAAAAGAAACUUACUCGAAAUUCAAAGAACAGUUUGAAAAAAUGCCAGAAACAUUGGAACAAAGUUUGGAGGAACGAUUAAAGGAACGAGAAUUGGAAUUGGCUGGUUUGGGUAAAGAAAAUCUGAUGAAUAUAAAAGGAGCAUUUGAGAAUCCAAGAGAGGAAUCAGAAAUACAGCGUGAGAAGAUUGUUGUAGAACGUUCUGAAGCUGACAAAAAGCGUAUUCUUAGUGCUUUUGCUAAGCCUGAAAUGACUGCUGAAGAAGCGCCACGAGAAUGUGCAGUAUGCUCCAAAACAGUUUAUCCGGUGGAAAGAAUUUUUGCCAACAAAUGUCUCUACCAUAACUAUUGCUUUAAAUGUUCAAAAUGCUCCAAAAAAUUAUUACCAACAAAUUAUAAUAUCCAUGAAGGUCGACUGUUAUGUAAGGUACAUUAUAUGGAAGUGUUUAAUCCAGAUGUUGCUAAAACAAUGGAUCCAGCAACCACUGAAGAGGAUGAACGUGUUGAAGAUGAUGAUGAAGACUUUGCUGUAAGUUCAAAACCAAAAAAACUUGGUGCUGAUGUUGUUCGAUCUGGUUAUAAAGCCGAAGACGACCUCGCGGCAAUUGGUUCACUGAAGCAGCGCAAAGGAGAUUGGGAAAGUUCAGCAAAGGAGGCUAGCACAGUGGAGAAGAAGACCCAACUUGAGUUGGAGGAAGAGGUCAUCGCUGGUAAAGUGAAGGGUAAUCUAGAGAAAUUUGUGAAAGGUGAAACAGAAGAAGCAACAGAAGAAGAUAAAAAGAAACCAUUGGAAGAUUUAAAUUUGGAAGAGAUUGGAAAUAUCAAAAAUAAGUGGAAGACUGGUAACGUUGAAGGUGCUGAAAUGAAAGAGAUGUCAAAAGAAGAAUUGGAAGAACUAAGGAAGGGCCCAGGCGUUAAGGACCGUUUUAAAGAAAGAACGGAAGCUGAAGAAACUGUUCAGAAGCAAUGGGACAGCAGUGAACUGGACACGAAAGCUGUUGCUGAUGCUCGUCGGUCCUUCUUAGAGGGUUCAGCGUUUCAGAGUGCUCCGAUUGAGAAAACUGCUGAAGAAAUUGAAUUUAAAAAAUUGCAAGAUUUCAAGGAAAGGUUUGAGAAGGGUGAAGAAAGUGCUCCAGUGGAGAGGACUGCAAUUGAUGUUAAGGCCGAGGGACUUGGUAAUAUUAAGGCAGCAUUUGAAAAGGGUGGAGCAGACGAGGAAGACAUGACACCAGAAGAACGAGCUGAAUUGAAGAAGAAGGAAAUUGAAGCUGAAUUUUUACGCUACAAACUUGCCAGAAGGGCAGCCGCACAACGUGCAGCUGCAGAAAAGUUUUUUUGCAACUUUUUUUUGUAUUUCCCACAUGUUCUGUUGAAGGCUGCUCAGGGUGAAAAUCCGGAUGAAGCUGCUGAAGAAGUGCUUCCACCUCCAGAAGUCGGUUCAAUUAAAGACCGGUUUGAAAAGGGAGAGGCUUUCAAAACAGUUCAUGGAGAGAAGCAACUUGAUGUGGAAAUCAAGAUGGCUGGAAAAGCCCGUGAGAAGUUCCAGCAAAUUGAUGCUGAAGGGUCAACAAUGGUCUCUCCCACGCCAAAGGAGAAACAUGAGAGCAAAUGGGAUAAAAAGCCGACGGUUGUCCCAGAAGUCAUAAACAAACGGGUUAUUGAAGAUGAACCUGAUGAGCCUGAAGACGAGGACGCUUAUGAUGUGAAAAAUUUGAUGAAUAAAUUCAAAAAUAUUGAAAAUGAGCCGGCUAAAGUUCAAACUCAUGAAAGGCCACUUGAUUUGGAGGGCAUAAAGGUGGAAGCAAAGAAUUUGAAGGAACAAUUUGAGAAAGCGGGUAGUCGUAGUGAGGCUGAACUGGCGGAAGAAAAGCGACGUCAGCUUGAAGAAGAGUUUGCAAGAUUGAAAGAAGAGAAAGAAGCAGCACAAGCAGCGAGAGAGGAGUCACCGCCGGAGGAGGAGAAGGCGCCACAAAAGGAGGAGAUUCAAGUGGCCGCCGACCAUGCAUCUAAAAUGACUGCCAAAUGGGAAAAGAUUCAACGGAAGGAGGCUAAAAAAGCCGAGAAAAGUAAAAUGCCACAACGAACGGCUGCUCAAGCGGCUUGGUGGGCACAAAUAACAGCACCUCCAAUGUGUGACGCUUGUAAACGAGGUGUCUACAUGGCUGAACGUUUCGAGUGUUUUUCGCAACUUUACCACCAAAAAUGUUUCAGGUGUAAGCAUUGCAAUUCACCGCUCAGGGCUGAAAAUUGUCAACGUUCUGCAGCUGGCGACCUGUUUUGCGAAACGCAUUACCGCCGACUGUUUGCUCCUCAGAGUUCGUUCAUUUUUUGCAAUAAUCAGCGGUUUGUAGCAUCUGGUUAA